AUGGGUACUUCCUUUGGUUGGACAAUCGGUGGUGGCUCGCGAGCUGAUACUGAUUCAUCAUUAAUAAAUCCAGCAGACUAUUUACCAGGUGGUCCACGUUAUGUUGCAAACAUUGCAACCUCGCAUUCAAGUAUUGUUACUAAUGGAACUGAUCCAAAUAUUAAAACGUUGAUGUCAAAUAUCGUAUAUCGUGCUCUUCUCUUUAUGUUUGCCGAAGCUUUUGUAUUUUAA